AUGUCCACCAAAACCCCGAUCGCAGCUGACCUGGGCGCGGUUGAGAAAACACACGUCUAUGAUGGUCAAGGCACCGAGCAAGAUCCAUUUGUGGUCGAGUUUCAAAAGGAUGAUCCUGGCAAUCCCAUGAACUGGGGCUCCGUCCGAAAAUGGGUGAUCACAACCAUCGCAACCAUCUCAGUCUUCGCAGUCACCUUGACCUCCUCUGCAUACUCCUUUUCCGCCAACGAGGUCUUUCACGAUUUUCACAGUAGCACUGAGGUCUUCACCCUCGGCCUCUCCCUUUUUGUACUGGGAUUCGCCAUUGGCCCUGCCCUCUGGGGUCCUCUAUCCGAACUAUACGGAAGACAAGUACUAUGGAUAAUCACUCACGUCGCCAUGGUAGCCUUCCUCGGAGGAUCUGCCGGCAGCCAAAACGUCGCCACACUUAUGAUACUCCGAUUCUUUGCCGGCACAUUCGGCGCUUCCCCACUCGUCAACUCUGGUGGCACAAUCGCCGAUCUAUUCCCGCCAGCUCAGCGCGGCCUCGCCCUGACGGUUUAUUGCGUUGCACCCUUCCUUGGCCCCAUCCUCGGCCCCGUGGUUGCCGGAUUUAUCUCCGAAAAUGUUGGCUGGAGAUGGGUACAGGGUGUAUGCACGAUUUUUAUCGGAAUUAUCGGGAUUUUCGGCGUCAUCUUCAUUCCCGAGACUUACGGCCCGGUGCUGCUGCAGAAGCGAGCGCGCCAAUUAUCCAAGGCUGAUGGCAAUGUCUGGAUCACUGUUGUUGAGAAAAGUCUGGGCAAGAAGAAGCCAUCUGAAGUCUUCAAGCGAGCUCUGUUGCGGCCCUGGAUUUUCCUUUUCCUCGAACCGAUUGUGUUGGUGGCGUCAGUCUACAUGGCCAUCAUCUACGGCACGGUCUACAUGUUUAUGGGCGCCAUGUCCAUCGUAUACAAUAAAGAACGUGGCUGGAGCGAGGGAAUUGGGGGGCUUUCAUUCCUAGGAAUUGCCGUGGGAAUCAUUUUCGGACUGAUUUAUGCCAUCUGGGACAACAACACGCGGUACAGGAAGCUACUCCUUUCCAAAACCGCGACAGCCGAAUCCCGCCUACCACCCGCCAUCGUCGGUGCAGUCGCUCUACCAAUUGGCAUGUUCGCUUUUGCCUGGACCAAUUAUCCCAGUAUUCACUGGUCUGUCGGCAUCAUUCUAUCUGCACCCUUCGGCCUCGGAUGUGUGCUCGUGCUCCUGCCAAUCAUGAACUAUCUGAUUGACUCCUACACAAUCUACGCAGCCUCAGUCCUAGCAGCCGCUGCUAUCUUCCGCUCCGUCGUCGGUUCAGUAUUCCCUCUGUUCACAACGCAGAUGUAUCACAAUCUUGGGAUCCACUGGGCUUCCAGUCUCCCGGCCUUCAUGACACUAGUGUGCAUGCCGUUCCCGUUAAUCAUGUAUCGUUAUGGUGCGCAAGUGCGUAUGAAGUGUAAGUAUACGUUUGAGGCAGCGGAGAUGAUGAAGAAGAUGCAAGCGCAACAGGCGCCUGUCGUUGCGAAGAAGCAGGAGGAUACCGUGUCGGAAUAA